AUGGAUCAGCGUCUCAUCAGGACCCUGACCAUCACCAACUGGGAUGCCCUCCAUGAUCACGACCACGACCACGACAACGACAAUGAUGACCGCUUUUUCGAGUCCUUCGACAGAAUUUCCUCUUCCGCCUCUCUCUCCUUCUCCUCCUCCGAGGACGAAGACGAUGAUUUCGACGACCCCCGUGUCUCCUUCGCCUCCGCCGUCUCCUCCGUCCGCAGCUUCUCCGCCUCUUCAACCGUCGCCACACCCGAUUACGACGUGUGGAUGGCCUCUCCUGGUUCCAUCAGUGAGCGCCGCAAAAGGCUGCUUCAAGGAAUGGGCUUGGCCGACCCCGCCCCCGCCCCCGCCGCGGUCACCGAUGAGAACAACGAGGCGGUCUCAAAACAACAACCACCGCCGAAACAAGAAGAUCAGACCGCUCCUUCCACUUCUUCGCCUUCUCCAUCGCCGUCGCCGUCUCUGCUCCCAAUUAUGCUCGUCCGUUCCCGCUCCGACGGAGAUAUAGACCCUUUCUCCGUCGAAAAACAGUGGCGGAAGCAGGAACUCGUCGGCUCGGUAUCGAUUCAGCGCAUCACCAAGACUAAUUCGGCAAUCUCCGCACCGGUUCGGAAAUUAUCAUGCUCCUAUGCAGAAUCCGCGGCUGUCGGACCCUCCGGCAGGUCGAUCCGACACAGCGGUAUGCUGUCGUCAUCAGUGUUGUCUUCGAGCCGGUUCGGAGCAUUCUUCUUGAUAAGGAAUUUGGAUACAGGGAAGGAAUUCAUAGUAAACGAGUGCGGCGAAGACGGGAUGUGGAACCGGCUGAGCGACCUCCAAACAGGGAAGCAAUUAACAAUGGAAGAAUUCGAAAAGAGCGUCGGGUAUUCCCCGGUCGUCAAGGAGCUGAUGCGCCGCGAGAACGUGUCGAGAAUCAGCGGCAGGAGUGAGAGAAAAGUCACUGAUUCUGGUGGAGGAGCGAACAAUUACUCUUACAUUACAAGGAGCCUGAGGAUGAUCAGCAAGAGAAGAGGGGUUGCUUUGAUUAAAAGCGGCAUAAGAGGCGUGGCGCAUUCUAUGAGCGGACUAAUCUGCGAGAAAGAGAGGGAGACUCCACCGCCUGCAUUGUCACUGCCGCCACCGCCGCCGCAGCUGUCACCUUCCCCGGCAGAGCAGAAACCGCCCGUGAAGAAUUCGAAUUCGAGUGCUUCGUCGGGGUGGAUAAAAGUCCGGCAGAGCGGGAAGUUGUACAAGGAGCUGUCGGCUCUGCAUUUGUGUCAAGAAAUUCAAGCUCACGAAGGGUCUAUUUGGACGAUCAAGUUUAGCCCUGACGCUCGGUUUCUGGCGAGCGCCGGUGAGGAUCGAAUAGUUCGUGUUUGGGAAGUUCAGGAAUGUGAAGUUAUGUCAUUGAGAGAAGAAGGGAAUGCUCAAAACAACAGCAAUACUAAUAGUAGUAGUGGGAAUGGUAAUAGUAAUAGUAAUAGCGUGACCCCUCUUCAUCCGUCGUUUUGUGCCUCAUCGGACUGGUCAGACGCUGCAGCGGAGAAGAAGAAGAAAUGGAAAGGAGGGGCUAGCAAAAGAGUGAAUCAUAUUCCUGAUUAUGUUCAUGUGCCUGAAACUGUGUUUGCUCUCUCGGAUAAACCGGUUUGCUCUUUCAAAGGUCAUUUGGAUGAUGUUCUUGAUCUUUCUUGGUCUAGGUUACAGCUGCUGCUUUCAUCUUCAAUGGACAAAACUGUGAGAUUGUGGGAUUUGGAGAGCAAGAGCUGUUUAAAGUUGUUUGCUCACAAUGACUAUGUAACUUGCAUACAAUUCAACCCCAUGAACGACGAUUAUUUCAUUAGUGGAUCACUUGAUGCAAAGGUGAGGAUAUGGAGCAUACCAGAUAGGCAAGUUGUGGAUUGGACUGAUCUUCAUGAAAUGGUCACUGCAGCUUGCUACACUCCUGAUGGCCAGGGUGCAUUCAUUGGUUCACACAAAGGAAGCUGCCGCACGUACACUGCAGAAGAUUGCAAACUGAGUCAAACAGGCCAGAUUGAUUUCCAAACCAAGAAGAAAUUCCAUGCCAAAAAGAUUACUGGUUUCCAGUUUUCACCAGCAAAUCCAUCUGAAGUGCUCGUUACCUCAGCCGAUUCACGGAUUCGAAUUUUCGAUGGUCCAAACUUCGUUCAUAAGUUUAGAGGUUUUCGUAACACAAGUAGCCAAAUUGCAGCCUCAUUCACUCAGGACAGCAAAUAUGUGAUAUCAGCAAGCGAAGAUUCUCAAGUUUAUGUCUGGAAACGUGAAGAACAUAGACCCUCAGCCUCUGGAAAAAGAAGCUCAGUCAGUACCGCAUCAUAUGAACAAUUCCAAUGCAAAGACGUCUCCGUAGCAAUCCCAUGGCCCGGCACCAUAAAGGGUGAGCCACCGACGACAUUGCCAUUGCACUCAAAACGACACUCGAAACGAUCGUCCUCACAGCCACCUUCGGCCUGCAGUUCACCAACUAAGGAAGACAUCUCUGCUGCAGCAAACAGCAAGAAACAUUUGCCACCUCUGCCAAAGAAAAGCGCGACCGAGAAUAGCAGCCUAAAUGUCACAGAAGAGGAGCUUGCUCUAGUCUCCCAGGUUGAAUCCGAACACAAUAUUGGUGAGUCGUUCAAUUCAGAUGCCUCCUCAAUUAGGUAUGGCGACUCGCCUUCUAUCUGUGCUACCGCGGCAACUCCAUCAUCCUAUUGGUCUCCGUCUUGGUCGUGGUUUGACUAUGGCAGCCAUGGAAGCCAUACCAUUCAAGCAACGGCAUGGGGCAUGGUGAUUGUGACAGCGGGGCUAGGCGGCGAGAUCAGGGCUUAUCAGAAUUUCGGGCUGCCGCGGAAAGUCGGCCGGCAGACCAGCCUCUUUGGAGGUCCUACAUAGGUUUUUAGUUGUAGUGAGUCGUAAAAAAUAUAGGAUUGUAGAUUUUUUUUUCCUUUUUUGUUAACAACAUUUGUGACUUAUAGGCUAAAAAAAAUAAAAAAAACAUAAACAAAAACCAAAAAAAGGAGCUUUGAGACUCCUGAUGGUUGAGAGCUCGCAAGACAUACAU